AUGUCUUGCGUCAAUGCGCUUCCAUCCAGCGCGCUCGAUUAUGAUUUUCUCGUCGUUGGUGGCGGCACUGCCGGCUGCGUGGUUGCGAGCAGGCUCGCGGAGGCACUGCCAAACUGCAAAAUCCUCAUGAUUGAGGGCGGCCCGAGCGAUUAUGGAAACGAGCUCAUUCUUGACCUGAAGCGUCAGAUCGACACCUGGGGAGGAGAGUACGACUAUCAAUACACUUCGGUGGAGCAGCCCUUUGGAAAUAGCAAGAUUCUUCAUUCGCGCGCCAGAGUACUUGGAGGAUGCUCGAGCCACAACGGUGGCAUUUCGUUCCGACCGCUGGAGUACGAUGCACGAAAGUGGCAGGAGGCCGGCGCCCAUGGCUGGACAUUUGAUCAGUUUGUCCGCCUCGUCAACAAGCUCCGGACCAGCAUUCAUCCAGUCUACCCGCAAUUCCAGAAUCCAGUUGAUGUUGCCUUUAUCGAAUCGUCUGCCAAAGCUUUCAAUAUUCCGAAAUCACAAUGCUUCAACGACGACAUUGUCGCUCACGGAAACGUCUCAUCAACGACGGGCUUCAUUUCCGCCGCCUACAAUCCAGCGAAUGGAUUUCGAAGCAGCGCCAGCGCGGCCUAUCUCCACCCCAUCUUCGAAGGGAAAGAGCAUCGGCCCAACCUGACCAUCCUCACCAACACCCGAGUCUACCGCAUCAACGUCGACAGGGAUACCGUCACAGGAGUCCAGGUGAUGCUCCAAUCAGGCCAACGCCUAACCCUCACCGCGCGCGCAGAAACCAUCCUCUGCGCCGGCGCCAUCGACACCCCUCGCCUCCUCCUCCUCUCCGGCAUCGGACCGCGCCAGCAGCUCUCGUCCCUCAACAUCCCUCUCGUCCGCGACCUCCGCGGCGUCGGCGAGAACCUGAUGGACCACCCGGAGUCGUUGAUCCUGUGGGAGCUGCAAGCCCCUCUCCCUCCCCAGACAGUGACGCGCUCCGACCCCGCCACCUUCCUGCGCCGCGAGCCGCCCGGCGCCAACGGCGACGACGGCGACGUCGCGGAUGUGCUGUGCCACGUCUUCGGCCUCUGCUUCGACGCCAACACGGCGCGCCUGGGCUACGACUCCCCCAAAAACGCGUACUCGUUCAUGCCGAAUGUCCCGCGGCCACGCUCGCGGGGCCGGCUGUACCUGGUGUCUGCCGAUCCGGACGUCAGGCCGGCUAUCGAUCCUGCGUACUUCACAGACCCCGAGGGGUAUGAUCGGGAGACGAUUCUUUUUGGGUUGAAGGCCGGGCGGAAGCUAGCGGAGACGGCGCCGUUGCGGGAUUUGAUUAAGAGGGAGGUUGCGCCUGGUCCAGAGGUUCAGACGGACGAGCAGCUUGUUGAGUAUUCGCGGAAGGCUCACAAUACCGUCUAUCAUCUGUGUGGCACGACGAAGAUAGGUGAUACGGAGAGGGAUGAAAUGGCGGUGGUGGAUCCGGCGCUUAAAGUCAGGGGGCUGAGGAAACUGCGGAUUGCUGAUGCUGGUGUCUUUCCAGUCAUCCCUUCCGUGAAUCCGAUGUUGACGGUGCUUUCGGUCGGUGAGCGAGCGACUGAGCUGAUUGUUGAGGAAUACCAAUCUGCAAGGGCUUCUUUGUGA